AGAAAAGACUAACUGACGGGACGGGAACAAGAGUCAAGGUCAUGAGAAAUAUGAAGAGAGUGUUUUUGUUUUUUUCUUUCAUAUUUAUUUUGGAUGGUGUGUUUGGGGACAUGGAAAAAGUGUCAGUGAAGGAGGGAGAUUCUCUCACUCUACACACUGAUAUCACUGAAAUACAGAGGAUAUUUUUCUUGAUGUGGAUGUACGGAUCUCAAAACAAUAUUAUCGCUAAAAUUGAUGGGAAAACUCAGGCAGUCUCAUUAUACGAUGUUGAUGAUGGGAGGUUUGAAGACAGACUGCAACUGGACAAUAAGACUGGAUCUCUGAACAUCAGUGACAUCAGAACCAAACACUCUGGAGAUUAUCAUCUAAAGAUUAUCAGCAACGAGACUUUCCUCAAGACUUUCAGUGUUACUGUCCAUGAUGUGAUUUUUGCCGGGUUAGAAAACAAGAAAGAAGGAGAUUCUGUUACUCUAAACGCUGGUGUUACUGAUUCACAGAAACAGGAUCUAAUACAAUGGACAUUUGGAGCUACAAAUCCAGACAAUCUUAUAGCUGAAAUGAACAUUAAGAUUCAUGAGAUCACACUGAAUUCAGAUGAUAUAUUCAGAGGGAGACUACAUCUGGAAAAUCAGACGGGAUCUCUCACCAUCAGAGACAUCAGAACCUCAGACGCUGGAGUUUAUCAGCUACAGAUCUCCAACAGUAAAGAAACACUCUACAAGAGAUUCAGUGUUUUUGUUGCUGUUCCAGAUCCGGGUCUGUCCACUGGUUAUAUUGUGCUGAUUUGCCUUUGUGUCCUUCUGUUAGUGGCUUCAGCUUUGGGUGUGUUUUGCUUCAUAAAAUACUCAAAAAAACGAAAAGAAAAGAAGACUGUGUCAGUGAAGGAGGGAAAUUCUAUAACACUAAAAAGUGGUGCAGUCGAGAUCCAGAGAGACGAUGAAGUGCUCUGGAUGUUUGGACCUCAAGAAAUGGUUAUUGCACAAAUCUACAAAAAGGCUUGUAACAUCUCAUAUGCUGACGAUGAGCGAUUUAGAGACAAGCUACAGCUGGACCAUCAGACUGGAGAUCUGACCAUCAGCGACAUCAGGAUCCCAAUCUCUGGAGAUUAUCAGAUGAAGAUCACCGGCAGUAAAGAAACAAAACUGAAGAGAUUCAGAGUUAUUGUACGAGAGGACACACGGAAAUUCACAGAAGGAGAAUCUGUCCGUCUGCAGACCGGUGUUACUGAAAUACAGAAAGAUGAUCUGAUACUUUGGAAGUUUGAACCUAAAAAUGCCCUUAUCGCCAAAAUCGAUGGACAGACCAAUGAGAGCAGUGUCUACGAUGAUGAUGACGGAUUCAGAGACAGAUUGGUGCUGGACGAUCGAACUGGAGAUCUUACCAUCAUGAACACUAAAAGCAGUGACUCUGGAGUUUACGAACUGCAGAUCAAGAGCAGAAAUAAAGUCUCCUACAAGAAGUUCAACGUUCUUGUUUGGCUGAACACACUGAAAUAUACAGUGGGAGAUUCUGUCACUCUACAAACUGGUGUCACUGCACUGAACAAAGAUGACCGGAUACUGUGGAAGUUUAGUGAUAAAGAUAUUUUCAUAGCUGAAAUCAACCGAGCCACCAAUCAGACCAAAUUAUACAAAGGUCCUGAUGGUCGAUUCAGAGACCGACUGCAGUUAAACCAAAGAACUGGAGAUCUGACCAUCAGGAACAUCAGCAGAGCUCAUUCAGACGUUUAUACACUUCAAAUCACCAGCGGCAAAAAGAGCACAUGCAAGAGAUUCAUGGUUAUUGCUCAUGAGAAGACUGUGUCUGGGAUGGAGGGAGAUUCAGUCACGCUUGACAAUGAUAUUGAAAUACAAAAAGAUGAUCUGGUGCUGUGGAUGUUUGGACCUGAAGACAGUCUCAUCGCUAGAGGAGAAAUAAAUAAAGCACUUUUCUGUACAUAUGAUGGCACUGAAGGGAACUUCAGAAACCGACUGAACCUGGAUCAGUCUGGAUCUCUGACCAUCACAAGCAGCACAACUGAACACUCUGGAGUUUAUAAACUAUUGAUCAUCAGCAGCCGAGAGACCAUAUACAAGAGAUUCAAAGUUACAAUACAUGGGAUUGAAAGAAGUCCAGAUGAGGGGCCUGUGCAGGAGGGGAUCCCCUUAAUGCAAAUAACAACACCAUAACAGUAAUAGACACUAUGAAUUCAUACCCAAUGAGAGUGAUUGUUUUUUAACUAGAUUUAACUUUACACCAUUGUAUAUGGAGGUACUGUGUUAUUUGUUACUGCAUGUCCUUUAUAAGAGAAUGCUAUAUUUAGUAUUGGCUGAAUGAGCCCUGAGUGACUGUUCUCUUUAAAUCAUCAUGAUUUUGGUAUUCCACUACUUUUAAUGUAUUGUGCCUUGGAAGAAUUGUGUUUGAUUGUUGUAUUCUCAUCCUUAAGUCAUUAAGAUAAAAUGAUCUGCUCAAUAAAUAAACGGUCACAUACAGAUACACUGCUGCUGGUAUUAGUAUCUGAUAAUGUCAGUCCUCUAGUCGACAAACACUGAUUUUGCUCAAAAGCAGUUCGCAAGUAAUGCAUAACAGAUUUGAAUGUACUCCCAUGAUCACCACUGCACUACAUUUCCCACAAUCCCUCCUGCCCUCCAUUAUAUGUUAUAAUGAUCGAACUAAUAGCCAUAUGGAAUAUAAACUGAAGAAAAAGCUAUUUUGAUGAACAUGAGCAUGAUUGUGGUCAGUGUUGUUGUUUUUUCCCCAACUUAUUACACACUCAGUUUCUUUCUAGAACUGAUUGACAGUGUGUUUUUAAGCAGAAACACCCGCAGCCAUAAUGAGAUUGUUUCUAACAUUGUAAAAUAUAUU